CUUAUAUUUCCCAUCAGCAAACAGAGAACAGACCUGUGUUAUUGUAAUCUUACAGUGUACAGGUUCAAAAUGAGCCAAUUAGAAAUUGAGGCCUGGAGCCAGGAAGAUGUUCACCGCUGGCUUAUAAAAGAAGUCCAAGUUUCUCAGAGUUGUGCUGAUACAUUCAUUAAAGAAGAGGUUUCAGGAGAAUUUUUAGUCCUCUUUAAAAAGAAAGACGUUCUUGAUUUAGGGCUCAAACAUGGUCCGGCUGUGAAGAUCUCUUGUUAUGUGGCAAGUCUGACUGAAGGAUCAAGUCAUAAGUCAGAAUAUCCUGCAUAUGUAAGCACAUGGACCAAGGAACAGGUGAGCCAGUGGCUCCUUCAACACGUAAAGCUUUACAGAAAAUACGUAGAACAACUUCUGGAGGAAGAUGUUUCUGGGGAUUGUCUGGGUUGUUUCAAGAAGCAGGACUUUCUGGAUCUUCACAUAAAAACUGGCCCUGCUUUGAAGAUUCUAGCAGAACUGAAAAAGCUGAAUGACAGACCAGAACCAAGCCUUGAGCCACUAAUGGACCAGAGAGAAGGAGAUAAUGUUAGCCUGCCUCAAACUCUAGGAAAUACACAACCAGACUCAAAGAACAAGGCUGAACCAGAACCUCAAUCUGAAAAAACUUUGACACAAAACAAAGUGGAGACAACAAAAUGCAACACUGCAGGAGGAACACGCAUAGCUGAAGAGGUGAAACUCCAGCCAGAGACAUCACAGAUCACUGUGAUGAUCAAGAAGUUCUUGGAUAACCUAAGGGGGGAGGACUUUAAAAACUUUCAAUUCCAUCUAUUAGAAUGCAAAAAAAAUGAAAACAACUCUAUUCCUCUAGUGGCUCUUGAGAACAAAAACAGAAUAGACACUGCCCAGUUAUUGACCAGCCAUUUUGGGACUCAGGAGGCUUUACGUGUCACAAUACAUCUUCUGAAAGAGAUUGGGCAGCAUCAACUUGCUCUUGAGCUGGAAAGAAACACAGGUAGGUAACCUAUGGACAACUUACAUAAG